UCCCCCCCCCUCUUCUCUGCUCUCCUUGUCCUCUGUUUUGUCUCUGUUCUUCUUUGAAACCCUAGCGUCCUAGGGUUUCGCAAAAAGAGAUCAAAUUGGCUCUGCUUCUGAUUCUGGAGCAAUGGAAGUGAAGUCUGCGACGAAGCUCAGUUCUGAGCUCCAGCCGGUUGGCAGCAGGGCGAAUGUUUCGAGCUCGCCGCCGUCCGGAAGGAAGAAGGAGGUUGCGAAGAUUGUGCGGAGGUCGAUUGCUCGGGUUUUGGAAUCUAGUGAUGUUUCCGAAGAUGGCUCGUGCUCUUCGGAUUCUUCUUGUGGCCGCCGGACUUUGGUGAAAGGUGGGGGCUUGCAGAGCAGGAAGAAGAAUACUGGAGUGAGGUCAGUGAAGGUCGUUCCUGAGGGCAUUGAUGCUGCUGCUGUGUUGUUGAUGUUUCCUGUUUCGAAGCUGGUUGUGCAGAAGAAGAGGUGUGCUUGGAUCACACCGAACUCCGAACCAGUUUAUGUCUCUUUCCAUGAUGAAGAAUGGGGAGUCCCUGUUCAUGAUGACCAAAAGUUGUUUGAGCUGCUUGUAUUGUCAGAAGCAUUGGCUGAAUUUAGCUGGCCAGCUAUUCUGAACAAGCGAGACUUGUUAAGGAAGUUGUUUGACAAUUUUGAUUCAUCUUCUAUCGCUCAAUUCACUGAGAAAAAGAUUCUCUCAGUCAAAUCAAGUGGUGGCACUUUGUUAUCAGAACAGAAGAUGAGGGCAGUUAUAGAGAAUGCAAGACAAAUGCUUAAGGUGAUUGAGGAGUUAGGUUCUUUUAACAACUAUUGCUGGAGUUUUGUGAACCACAAACCGAUCAUAAAUGGAUCCCGCUACGCCCGUCAGGUGCCUGUCAAGACUCCCAAAGCCGAAGCCAUGAGCAAGGAUAUGAUGCAAAGGGGCUUCCGUUGUGUUGGCCCAACUGUGAUCUAUUCUUUUAUGCAAGCAGCAGGCAUGGUUAAUGACCAUCUUUCUAGCUGCUUCAGAUUUGAAGAAUGCAUUGGUUCUCACUCUAAAGAAUCCAGGACGAGCACUGAAUCGAUGACAUCAGGAAAAGGCUUGACCAAGAAAUGCUCAUUACAGGAUUAAGCGAGGAGGCUCCAGGAUCCUAUGACCAUGUAUCAAGCAAACUGCACUUAACAUGUUCAGUUUCGCAGGUAUCUGUUUUUAGCUGUAUUAUCUCAGUUGUCUUUGUAUCACUAAGAUGUCAAUAAAAACUUCACUCUAAGCUAACAGGCUUCCAAAAUUUGUAAUGCAAGCUAAUCUGAUCAAAUCCAAAC